AUGCGUUACCAAGAGGAUCCGCAGGGACAUCUGCGACACCAAGAGCCUCCGCAGGAGACAGCUGCGAAAUCAAGCGACUCCGCAGGAGACAGCUGCGAAAUCAAGCGACUCCGCAGGAGACAGCUGCGAAAUCAAGCGCCUCCGCAGGGACAUCUGCGAAAUCAAGGCCCCCUGGCAAUGUGCAAGCACCUCUGCGUGGUGCUAGGGACCAGUAUUCACCUCACCUGGGGACUGCAACUCCCAUGGGGACUGAAGAAGCCAAGACUUGCACAGUAG